UAAUCUCUAAACGUCCACAAGAUGGCGCUGUAACUGUUUAAAAUACGCAAGUCCGCUAGUGUGUAUAGCGCGCAUGCGCAACACGGGCAAACAAACCGUUUCAUGGCAUGCCAUUGGUUCCCAUGGCUACGCACCAUACUCUCGUACUACAUAGUACGCGACCCGUCGCUAGAGGCUGCACUAUUGUGAUUAUACUAUCUAGUAUGCUAGUAUGUAUCUGACCCGCAGGCUGUGUGAGCGGUGGCGCAGACGGCAAAGCGAGAUUCACCACGAGAGAGAGAGGAGGAUGAUCACACGCGACUGAAAUAAAAGUGCUGGAUAAAGUGCAGUGGAGUCAGGUGACCAUGUUAUAAAGAGGCCCAACACCAGCUGAGGAAACCUCUACUUCAUCAUCAUCAUCAUCAUCUGUCUACUAAGUCCCCUUCAUCCUCUCUUUGUCUUUCUCACAUCCACCUUUUAACCCUCCAUCCCUUUCCCCCUUUCCUGAAGCCCCACUUCUUCUCUUCCUCGCCCACCCCUCACCAUGUCCAUCGCCCUCAAGCAAGUCUUCAACAAGGACAAGACCUUCAGGCCCAAGCGCAAGUUCGAGCCAGGUACGCAGCGCUUCGAGCUGCACAAGCGAGCUCAGGCAUCACUCAGCUCGGGCGUGAACCUGCGGGCGGCCGUGCAGCCGCCCCCCGGCGAGGACCUCAACGACUGGGUGGCCGUCCACGUGGUGGACUUCUUCAACCGCAUCAACCUGAUCUAUGGCACCGUGUGCGAGUUCUGCACAGAGAAGAGCUGCCCGGUGAUGUCCGGCGGCCCGCGAUUCGAGUAUCGCUGGCAGGAUGAGCACAAGUACAAGAAGCCCACGGCGCUGCCGGCGCCACAGUACAUGAACCUGCUGAUGGACUGGAUCGAGGUUCAGAUCAACAACGAGGACAUCUUCCCCACCAGCGUAGGAAUUCCAUUCCCCAAGAACUUCAUUCAGAUCUGUAAGAAAAUCCUGUGCCGGCUCUUCCGGGUUUUCGUUCACGUCUACAUCCACCACUUCGACCGAAUCAUCCUGAUGGGCGCCGAGGCCCACGUCAACACCUGCUACAAGCACUUUUACUACUUCUGCACCGAGCUCAACCUCAUAGACCGCAAGGAGCUGGAGCCACUGAAAGAGAUGACGUCACGGAUGUGUCUUUAAAAGCCCCGUAUCAGACCACGUGGACCUGAAAAUAACUCGGAGGGUGUCUCAGAUGAACAGAUGAACUCGGACAAUGCGAUGCUGAUGAAGUCUGACGUAACGGGAAUAAAAAGCGGGAUGCAGAACGAAGCACGGAUGCACAUUCAGAGCAACAGCACCGCCCGCUGGUGAGACAUAGCACGUGUGCGGUGCGCGUCCUCUAGGUGGCGCUCUAAUGCAGUAAUAGGAUCAUGCACUACUCGAGAACUUUAACUAUGCAGCAUGGCUGGAGGGGGAGACGUGAUGGAUGAGAAUAAUCAUUGUAAAGUUACUCACUGUCUAAUGACUGCGGAGGAUUAGUGGCUUUAACCACCUGGUGAACACUAAUGGGGUGUGUGUGUGUGUGUGUGUGUGUUCGGUUUCUUCUCUUGAGGUUCAAAUAAUCAGUGAGAUGAUUUUAUUGAUUUGUAAUAAUUUAGUCUUUGGAGAUGAUUAGAAUGAUGAUGAUGAUGAUGAUACAGAAUCUCUCUCACACACACACACACACACACACACACUUUGCAUCCACUUUUGACUGUUAGUAGGUUUUUAAUCACGCUCCUACUUCUUUUAUUUUUUUAACUAUGGGGAAAUGCAGGGAUUUUUAACUAUGCAGGACUACUUCAUGGACAAACGUGGGACUGAAAUUGUGGGAGAUUGUGAGUGAGAGAAAGAUUAUAGUGUGUGUGUGUGUGUGUGUGUGUGUGCACAGUGUUCAGAUCACUUUACAUUCCUCUUGUCUUGCCCACUAGUGACCACUAAACAGCGUAAAACCGACAACCUCUUCUAAUUAAAUUUUAAUUUUUUGUGCUUUUGUUUGUUUGUUUAUGAUUGCUUCUUCCUCAGAGGGGCUUAACAGAACCUCAGUUCACUCCAACUGAAUCCAUGAAAAGAAUUUUGGAUUGGUUUCCUAACAGCCGGUCUUGAUUUGCGAGGUUACGCCUUAAGAUUUGGAACAAAUAAACGAGCAAAUAAACUCCACAUAACAUCGAGUUUUAUAAAUAAAUAAAUAAAUAAAU